CCUGCUAAAAAAAAGUCGUUUUUCGUUGACAGGAAAUUAAAAUUCCGACUUAUGAGCAGUUUCCGUCGAAACAUAGGAUUUCUGGUGAAUAAAACCCAAUACCUUAAUGACAGGAUCGAUGGAACUCAAAAGCGUCGUUUAAUAGAGCAAUAAAGAUAGCCCCCGAAAGUAACGACUCUGUAUAGAGGACUCUAGGUUUCUUACUUAGUUACAGUUUGUCAAUAUACGUCCAGAAUAUGAUCAUCGCCCUCGAAAUCUAAACAAACAUCAUACACAUCAUAUAACCAUCAGACUAUUGAACAGAAGUGCACAAGAGUCAGUCAAUUGACUAAGUUUUAUUGUCCCGUUUCCUGAUGACUGACACAUAUUGAGCGGCUAGGAGUUCCUGCUACUUUACAUUGGUUUUAACUUUUUGAUUUAGUGAUGCUCAAACAAGUAUUUGCACCCGAGAAAGUGUUGUAAAUCAUGCUUCUGACUGGGGAAAGAAAUGGUUAUUGUUCAGAUAUGCAUUCAUUAUUAGUGUUAGACCUAGGCAACGGAGUCCAACACAAGACAAUGGCGCAGAGAAGUGUUCCAAGACCUAAGGGAUCCCGGACAACUCAUGGUCUUGCUCACGGUUCUUUAGGAUGCGCCGGGCGGUCGUGUAGACUUGGUUGUGCACGGUCAAACAGACAAAAACCUGGAAGGGAUAAACCAAAAGUGAUUGUCAAUGACUUAAGCAAGACCAAGCGUCUACCCAAGCCCGACUGUUAUUCUCUGAACAAAGAUGAUCUGGAGAAAAAGGAAUCAAACGCCGAGGCGGAGGCGUCUGUGACGAAUUCGAUUCUGGUGGAGGAGCCGUCAAGGAGUACUACCCCAGACAGUGUGAUUAGUGGACUGUCUGAUGACUCAGCGGCGUCAGAAGAACGUCAGAACACGUUACAAUCUGUGGCGUCCUAUCUAAGUAUCGGAUCCAAGGACCGCGGGACGCCAUCAAGCAAACUCGAAAGUAGAACGGAUGAAGAAUUUGAAGAUGAAAAACAGUCGGAAAUCAGCACAGUCACUGGGGAUGAGGUGUUCACGGAAACAAAUUCGAUCGGUGACGAAGAAUCAACACAAUUGGAAUCCUCGGAACUCGAAAGCGAGAGGUUAACUGAUACGAACGUUGAUGAAACUGAAGAGGAGAACGACAAGAAAUGUGUAACUAAAUCAGCUUCUUUUAUUACACCAAAAAAGGGUACCUGUAAGGUUGAAUUCAAAGAAGAUCUGCAGAUAAAUGGGGAUGUUUGCCCUUGUAAGCCUAAUUAUCGGCUGAGACGAAUGAAAAGUUUCGACCCAACCUUAGAAAAAUCUCAGACUUAUCUUCAUGGUCAGAAUAAAAAUUUCAGUCGCGCAAACACCUAUUUAACCCCAGCUAGACCAGGUCUACAAAAACUCCAAAUUAACUACACCCAAACCAAUACUGAAAACAACCAUCUUGUCAUAUUUGCAGAUCUGAUAAAGACAUCUCAUAAAAGAAGUAUCCUUACAGAGGAGGCGAUCAAAAAUCUUGAAAGAAGACUUCGAAUACGUCGCAAUGACCCCAAUAGAGCUACGUCAUAUUACGUUAACAAGGGCAUCAAAGACCCGAUACGGAGCAAGCAAAAUAAAACCGUUCGGACUUUAGCGGAAAAAGACCAAGAAAGAAAAGAUCGAAUAGCUCAGGCGACUGAGGAGCUGAAACUGGGAUACAUUCCCACAGCCAGAAAGGUGAAACCAGUAUCAGUUGAGGAAAUGAAAUUGAUACGACAGUGUUCAUAUCUGAGAAUCGACCCCAAACUCCAGAGGCGCGAAUCUGCAGACGACAUCCCAGAAGUGGGAAGUUAGCCACUCAUUCCCUAGGACGAUAAACGUCAGAACACAUAAAAACCUCAAGUGCUCCACAGGGGAUGCAUGUUCACAUGGUUGGUCCCGUUCAACCCGGAGUCGACGCUUCCUCGCCGCGUAAAGCGCCUUCCACCAUCUCCCAUCCCGUUCCUCCAUCUAGAAUUGGUCACACAAUGUGUCGGUUUGUCCAUUAUCAUGAACCCUCCGCCAAUCUUCUCCAGAUAUUUCAUCUCCUUAGCGCUAUUCAAGAUCAGGAGAAAAACUUCAAACACCCAUCACGUCGAUAAUACGGUAUAAAAAAAAAUCAAACUCGCUUCAUCCUCUUCUAAUCCAGCACCUUUUCAUUCCGUUGCUAUUGUUCAGUGCAUCGACAUCUCGGAGGUAUAGAGCAAAGGAAUGAGAAAUCGAUAACAGUAGUACUGUUCUGCAAUCCAACGACGUGCGGUAAGCUGCGAGGAUACUCCGAAAGUGCCAAUAACUAAAGGAUAUUUAACCGAGCGGGGUUUUAUACGCCAAGAGGAGUCCGCUUCGACGCGCUCGCUAAUACUUACACAAAUCAGAAAUCCUGAAUAAACUGCUGUGUGUUUCCGAAUUAUUGAUCAGCUUAAUGUUUGAUUUAAAUCUAUAUAUCAGAUUGGUCAGGAAUAUUAAUGUCAUUACGAAGUCAUAAUUUGCACAUGCGGCUGUGGGUUGUUGGCUAGAUAUGGUGUAUAUUUAUAUAUACCUGUCAGUCAAAGCACCUGUAAUGUUAUCUACAUUUCAUUCAAAGGUUUGGUAAAUAAACAGCGUAUCAAUUGGACAUCACAGACAACCAUUUUCGUUUUAUUAAUAUCUUGAACCGUUUUUGUUCGCCAGGCAGUACCCUGUGUUGACGCACGAUUACCUAUCAAGAAAACAAGAUAUUCGGAAAAGGGUUGAAUUAGAGUGUUUAAAAAGUUAAAUGCCUUUAGAUAGCAAUUUCAAUAUUAUCUCCUUUUCACACGAAAAAUCAACAUUUAUUGCAGUAUUAAUGAUAAAAUAACAGGAAAACCCUAACGCAAGUUCAGGAGGCGCCAACGUCAGGGCACAGAACAGGUGCCCGUUUGAUAUUCCCAUGAUGGAAAUACUAUAGGGGGUGUUGCCAUCUCCAGUGUGGUCUAUUCAAUACAUUAAUGUUUUAAGUGGUUACUUUGCUGUUAAAUCAACACCCACCAAACGACAUGAGGUGCAUAAGGAUGCAGCGCAAUGUGCGACAAUGAUAACAAUAUGAGAUAACGUGAGGGAACUAUUCAGUCGCCACAAAGUGUCAAAAUAACGUAAAAUUUAAAAAAAAAAUUAAAAUCAGGGUCUUGUACAAAGAAAGCAUCCCAUGCUUUUCCAUCAGUUCACAUAAGUAACAGAGUCAAAGGAAGGCUUGGCGUGAAGCUGAUUUGCAAUACCUUCUGGGAAAGAAACGAAUCGAAUGAUCGAGUCCGCUUUGCUAACAAUCAGACGACACUUAAUCUAUGCGAGCUGAUUGUUUGAUAGCAAACAUGUAUCUAAUUUCGUUGCGAAGUUAAAUUAAAUGACAUGGGUGGUUAUAGCUAGUUGGGUAUAAAUCAGGAAGCACUGGGGUGCUAAACUGCUGAACAAUGGCCUGAUAAUACUAUCUGUUACGUAAAGACAAUAUUGGUUCCUUCAGACAAGAUUGAUCAUUACUUAUAGAGAGCUUCUUAAGGCAAACAAGAAUAUUAUGUUCUGAGAAAAUCGGAACAAAUGAUUACCACGUUGAUAGUACGAAAUGAUUAAGGAUUUCGGAGAAUGAAAUAUUUUGGAGAUAAAGUUUUUGAGUCUUAUGGCCAGUUACCUUCAAGAUCCACACAUGGAAUCCAUUUUACAUGCAAGGGUUGUUCAUGUGAGAGAAAUCGCAGACGUAAAAAUAUACUGAAAACACGCAUGACUAGGAAUUUCGUAUGUCAUUGAUCUAUCAAAUUCAGAAUGUAUAUGUUCAUUGAAAUUCAUCAAAGCU